UUAGGACUUUAAAUAAUGCCUGAUCGGGAGUCGGUAGGAGGUCCUGGGACUGCAGGCAGCGGUGGUUUCCUACCUCUACAGUUUCCCUCGGCUUUUGCGGCUUUUCACGCUUCGACACCUCCUGGCGCCCCGGCGACUGCCAUGCACCACGCGACGCAUUAUCAUCACCACGCACAAUUAGCAGCCGCUGCGGCAGCUGCAGCUGGAGCAACGAGUGAAUUAAGCUAUCUUGCCGCUCUUCACCCUGCGUACCGCGCCGUGCCUUACGACCAUCCACUGUAUGGUGCUAACACUUUAAGAGGCUUAGAAUAUUUGAGUGCAGCACGAAGUUUACACCCGGAAUUGCAUGCAGGGAGCACGCUAGCAAGUCAAGAUUUCCAACUUAGUUUAGACGGGUCAAGAAUUGCUUCGCCAAAUCGUCUUAGGUUAUCAGGGGGAGCUAUUGGAGCUUCCGCUAAUAGAAAAAGAGCUGUGUCUUGGAGCCCAUACUCAGCUGAGUCGUUAGACCUGGCAGCUGUGAUCAGAGCGUCACCUGCCAGUUUAGCAGUUAGAGCACCUUCGGCAGCAUCUACCGGCAGCUAUGGACAUCUUAGUGCCGGUGCAAUAUCUCCGGCGCUAUCCCUUUCACACGCAUCAUUGGCGCAACAACUUUUGGCCCGCGGUGGCGUUGUGGGAGGAAGUGGGGUGCUCCCGGGGGGUGUUCUCCUCGACCCUGCUCACCAACAAGCGGCUGCAGCAGCAGCACACCAUGCUGCUCAUGCUCAUCUUGUUGCUGGAAUUCACAGAUCUCACAUUUCCUCGCCGACGCAGUUACUAAUAGGUGCGCCGGUGGAUGUAAGACCAGGUCUCAGUCUGGACGGAACUCCUCAACACAUGCAACAACCGCCACAGCAAUCUGAAAUCACGAGUGUGAUGGAAGCUGAUAGUGCAUCAACAGCGUUAGGCCAACGAAAGUCCCCGCCUGGCCUGUUAUCGCAUAGGGAUGGCAUGCACUGUAACAAACCAUUGUCUGCGGCCGCAGAGAGUACAGUCGACGGCUUAGAUUCGAAAGAUGAGCCCGGUGACUUCAUUGAAACUAAUUGUCAUUGGGUCGACUGUAAAUUAGAAUUCCCAACGCAAGAUGACCUCGUAAAACAUAUAAAUACGGACCACAUCCACGCAAGUAAAAAGGCGUUUGUGUGUCGAUGGGUCGGAUGUUCCAGGGACGAGAAACCCUUUAAGGCCCAGUAUAUGUUGGUCGUUCAUAUGAGGAGACAUACUGGUGAAAAACCUCAUAAAUGUACCUUUGAGGGAUGCUGUAAAGCAUACUCAAGGUUAGAAAACCUGAAGACUCACUUAAGAAGUCAUACAGGAGAGAAACCGUACACUUGCGAAUAUCCUGGAUGCGCGAAAGCCUUUUCUAAUGCUAGCGAUCGGGCAAAGCAUCAGAAUAGGACACAUAGCAACGAGAAACCAUAUGUUUGUAAAGCACCAGGAUGUACGAAACGUUAUACGGAUCCUUCAUCUCUUCGGAAGCAUGUUAAGACAGUACACGGAGCAGAAUUCUACGCCAGUAAGAAACAUAAAGGUUGCAGUCGUGGCGAUGACUCAGCUGAGUCUGGAGGUGGUGGGGCGGGCUCGUCCCCCCGUUCAGAGGAGGGCGGAGUCCCGCUCGGGGUUAGAGGACACGCGUCUUCCGCUUCAGUCAAGAGCGAGAGUCCCGCGUCUCCCCUACCUCAUGGUUUACACACACCGGCUCAUCAGUUAUCAGCGCAAUGUGGAGGUGAUCUCGACUUCGGCGGUUCAGGUCUUGGAGGCUUCAGUGAUGAAAAUGGUGCUCCUUACUUCAGACUUGAUGGCGAGGUGGAGCAGGAGGUGGUGGGCGAGGUGGGCCAGCUGCCGCUCAUGCUGCGCGCGAUGGUGGCCAUCGGCGAGCCGCGCGCGCACCACCUCGCGCCGCGCUUCGGGAACAAGAUGGCGGUCGCGCGCCUCGUGCACCACCACGGCGACGUGGGCUCUGGGAUGAUGCCCGGUAGGACGGAGCUUGGUGGUACAAAUGUGGCGGUAGAAUUGAAGACCGGUCUUCCGAACACAAGGCGAGAUUCCGGUAUUUCAUCUGGUAGCAGUUUAUACAGUGCUAGGUCUUCUGAUAUUUCCCGUAAAAGCAGCCAAGCAUCAGUAGUAUCGGGCGCUGUAGCUACAACUGCAGGCAUUGCAGGCGCACAGCGCCUCAUGUCACACCAUUCCACUGUUUACGACCAGCUUUCGCCGGACAGCAGCCGGAGAUCUAGUCAAGUAUCAUGUGUGGGAUACGCACCACCACCAUCAUCAGCGCUGGCGGCUGUUCAAGCUGUAAGGACCUCACAAGGCAAUCAGGCGGUAUUAUUGCGAGGAGUGACAUGUUCUGAAGUAAGAGCAGAGGAAUUGGCUCUCGAGCUUGAUCCCAACGUGCAGGUUAAGGAGGAAGCGAGAAGACUGUCGGAGCAGUCGAACCUCAGUGACCAAGCACAAGGCUACCAACCAUACCCCUGUAAUAAUGACGAUGUGGGUGACGCGCCAUUCCCAUUCAAAACAGAAGAUGACCACGAGGUGAAUUACAAAGAAUCUCGUUCGAACUCAACUAAUACUGUGGUCAUCACUACAGCACAAGUUCAUCACCCAAACCAAGAGGUUAACCUGGAACAGGUCGCUGAAGGAGAAAUGGUGGAGAAUAAGCUAGUGAUACCAGACGAAAUGAUGCAAUAUCUUAACCAAUCAAUAUUGGGAACCGAGUCGGUAGCACCAGCUAAAACGGACUCCACCAACCCAGAACCCGCAGCAACGAAUGAUGAAAACGAUACCACUACCAAAGACGUUAUAAGCAGUGAAAUACAAAAUACGAACAAUUCCAGUGAUAAAAUCAGUGAUGUCGCCACAAGUGACGAUUCUCUUCUUAAAAAUCUAGGUGCCAUAGGAAGUGAUCUCAAUAUAAGUGAUAUCAAUGUUGAUUUAAGGUCGUUAGACGUUAGUAUGUCUGGUAACAGUGGCUCUCUAUUAGUAGCAAAAUCUCCAGACGACAAGAACACACCUCUCCAAGAACAAGUCAUUACUGAAGUGACAAACGAAAAAUCUGAGCAAGAUUAUUCAAAACCUCAAAAAACAAAUGUUGCAGCAAACAAUCCCUUACAAUCCUUACAAAAUAUGACAGCGAAUCAAACUGAACAGUCUAAUCGAAUAGGAAUGGGCAAUACACUACCUCAAAAACAAGCAAUGAGCCCUAAGACUAUUGUUAUGAGCCCACAAACAGUUAUGAGCCCAAAUUUGGCCAAUAGCAUGCUCAGCCCUCAGAGUCUUCCACACAGUUCAAUGAGCCCUCAAAGUGUUAGAAGUCCGCAGCAUAUGGCUCAUGGUAUCAUGAGUCCUCAAAGUGUCAGAAGUCCGCAGCAUAUGCCUCAUGGUAUCAUGAGUCCUCCAAGUGUAUAUAAUGUUAUGAGUCCGCAGAGUGUUAUGAGCGUGAUGUCUCCACAGCAUAAUGCUAUGAGUCCGCAAAGUAUGCAAAGCCUUUUGAGCCCUCAGAUACCAAACCAAAUGAUGAUGAGUCCUAGACAUACCAAUAUCGGAAGUCCUAAUUCCCAAAACAUUGCAAGUCCUAUGCAGAUGAACAUGGCCAGUCCUAUGGCUCAAAAUAAUGCUAGUCCAAUGAGUCAUGGCAUGCCUAGUCCUAUGCAUUCAGGAUUACAAAGUCCUAUUACAAGCCCCAUGGUACAGAAUAUUUCGAACAUGACAAUGAAUGGUCAGCCGGUUCAAAAUCAAAAUAUGAUGAAUAACAUGAACUCAUCACAAAUGAUGUCAGCUCAGCAGUAUAAUAAUUACCAGAAUUGUAGUAAUAAAAUUCCUAAUAAAAAAUAUAACAAUGUUCCUAAUCAAUACCAAAACCAAAAUUGCAAUCAAGCACAACCUUACCCUAUCCAAAACCAAGUAAAUAUUAAUAUGAGGAAUCAAAACAUGCAACAAUACCAAACAAUGCAACAAUUUAAUCACAAUGCACAACAAUUUAAUGUUAUGACGCCGAAUAACCAGAAUCUUGUGUAUACUAAUCAACUGACAAAUUAUGCUCAACCGAUGAACUAUCCAAACCAAAGUAAUCAGAUGCACCCAAUGCAAAUGUCAAGGUCAUCUAUGAUGAGUGUCGAUAAUAGUGGUAAUAUGAACCGUGGAGCAUUGAACAGUUACUGUGAACAACAAAACGUAUGCCAACCGAUACAAAAUGCCCAAUACAACCAAAAUAUGCAAUACCCUCAACCGCCUCCAUACAAUUCUGCGACAAAUUCAUCCCAUGUAAUGGGUCCACCGCCUCCAAAAAAUAACCACCAAUAUAACCAAGCAAUGAUGAAUAACAAUCAAUAUUAUAACGAUCAAAGAUCAUACUAUCAAUGGGAUUAUCCGGGCAAUCAAUUCAACAAACAUAACAUGCAAAAAUCAAUGCAGAACUCAGUAAACAUGUCGACUGGAAGUCAGAAACCAAUCAACGCUACAGGGAUACCUAUGAAUUGCAAUCAAAUGGCAAAAAAUGGAGAGCAACAAACCGAUUGCAGUAUGAACAGUUUGCGCAUUCAAAACAAUCAGGCGGAUGUCCAAGUGUGGGACAUAUCCCAAUCCCAAAUAGAGGCUUCGAACGGAAGGAAGAAGAAUCAGAAUACGAUGCGUCAAGAAACUUAUCAGAGAACGUUAGAAUAUGUGGAGAACUGUGAGAAUUGGAAGAGUUCUGAAAUGGUUUCGAGCAGCACACAUCCGUUGAAUAGCGGCGACAAUAUGGUUGUGAACGAUCUCCAAACUUCAUUAACUUCGUUUUAUGAAGAAAAUCAAUAUUUGCAAUUGAUACAAUAGUUUUAAGUAGAUUGAUGAUUUAAACGUUAA